CAAUGAGCUCAGAAAGUUUUUUGUUCGAGCAGAAGGCACCAGGAGAAAUCGGCACUGCAUUGCCCUGCAGCCCAAUCCUGGACAGCCGGGGGAUGUACUGAGAGCAGCUCUACAUACACUGAGAUACCCAGAGCCCUGCGGGGUCUGACUGCCCCUCACUUUGCGGAUUACAAAAGAGGCAUCAUCCAGCCUAGAGAACAAAGUUACCAGACGCUGGAGGGGCUGCUGCUUCUUUACAGGUAGAGCUGGGGUGGGCUGGAGCCCUGGUAUGGUGAGAAAAAAGAAAGCUGCGGCAGGCUGCAGGUCCCAGAGCUCCUGUGAGUUGUUGGAGUAGAGGGAUCGCAUGUGGGGGAUGUACAAAGCAGCUCCCUGGACAAAGUGAGCAGCCAAACACUGCAGGAGGGGCCACAAAACCACCCAUCAUCUCCUCGGGAGGAGACUGCGGGGACCAGGUUGGACCAGGCUGCCCCUGUUUCGACUUCUAUAAAGGUGCGUGCAUACUAAUUAAGUGCAAUAAUAAAAGGGCUGGUUUCUGGACACUGAUACUGACUGUGAUUGUGUGGAACUUAGCUGCAGGAUGCAUUGCUACAUCAAGCUCCUGGAUGUACAAUAGCAAUGCUCGUCGAUGUUUGGUUUUUAAAUGAAGUGCUACCUGGAAACUACGCUAGAACUGUGGAGAUAACUUUUUGUUGGGCUGCUGUGUGUGGAUUUUUCAGUAACGAACCCAAGGAAUUUAUGUCAGUCUGGUUUCAUCAUUUUGAAGAAUUGUGAAGAUAAUAAGGCUUGGAACCAUGAGCAUUCUUCUCCCUGUAAGGAGUGCAUGGUUACAUAUGUUGCCACUGAUGAAUUUCUUGACUUUUGUUCUUUUGAUGUCAGUGCCUGGGGCUUUUAGUAGCUCUCAGCCCAGGCAGGUCUUUCAAGUACUGGAGGAACAGCCACCAGGGGCUUAUGUGGGAACCAUCAACACCAAACCAGGGUUCACUUACCGACUUAGUGAAUCCCAUGCUCUGUUUAGUAUUAACUCCACUUCAGGCUCUAUUCACACUACCUCCACCAUCGACAGGGAGAGCCUGGCCAGUGAUGUUGUUAACCUGGUAGUGCUCUCCAGCCAACCAACCUACCCAACUGAAGUACGCAUAACUGUGUUGGACAUAAAUGAUAACUCACCUGUUUUCCCAGAACCCUCUAUAAUUGUAUCCUUCAAGGAAGACACUCAAGGUGGCCGGCAGGUCAUCUUGGAUACAGCUACUGACUCUGAUGCUGGCACCAAUGGAGUUGAUCACCGUUCCUACCGUAUAGUUUCAGGUAACCAGGAUGGGCGUUUCAAGUUGGGCAUUACAGUAAAUCCAAGUGGGGAAGGUGCUUUUUUACACCUAAUGUCUCAGGGUCCCUUAGACAGAGAGACCACUCCAUGUUAUUAUCUUCUUGUAGAGGUGGAAGACAAAGGCUUGCCCAAACGAUUAGGCCACUUGCAAGUCAAUGUUACAGUGCAGGAUAUCAAUGACAACCCGCCAGUUUUUAGCAGUUCUCAGUACCAGGCUAAAAUUGAGGAGGAUGCACCAGUGGGUUCAAGUGUACUAAAGGUUGAAGCUACUGACCGUGAUGAGGGGGCUAAUGCUGCAAUUAGGUACCAGCUGGCAGAUGGCACCCCAUUCCAAAUUGACCCAGAAAGUGGACUUGUAACAAUCCGAGAGCCACUGGACUAUGAAAGCCGUCGACAAUAUAUCCUGAGUAUCCAAGCUAAAGAUCUGGGCACCCCACCAUUGACUGGUCGGGCAGAGGCGCUGGUACGUCUAAUUGAUGUAAAUGAUAAUGACCCUGUUGUGAAAUUUCGCUAUUUCCCCGCCACUUCCCGAUAUGCAUCAGUAGAUGAAAAUGCACAGGUUGGUACAGUAGUGGCUUUACUUACUGUCACUGACUCAGACUCUCCAGCUGCCAAUGGUAAUGUCACAGUAGCUAUUUUGGGAGGCAAUGAACAACGUCACUUCGAAGUGCAAACUUCCAAAGUUCCCAACCUCAGCCUUAUCAAAGUAGCUAGUGCUCUGGACCGUGAGCGCAUACCUUCUUAUAACCUAACUGUAAGUGUAUCAGACCAGGGUCAUCCCAGGCCACGAUCAUCAGUGGCUAGCUUAGUGAUAUAUGUCAAUGAUAUUAAUGACCACCCUCCAGUCUUCCAGGAUUCACACAGUAAAGUAGAAAUAAGUGAAGACUUACCUCCUGGGUCAUAUAUCUGUGGUAUUUCUGCCACAGAUGGAGACACAGGACUAAAUGCCAACCUACGAUACUCUAUAGUGUCCGGAAACAAAUUGGGAUGGUUUUCCAUUAGUGAACACAGUGGACUGGUAACCAGCAACUCUGCCUUAGACCGUGAAAUAGCACCGCAGCUGCUGCUCAACAUUAGUGCCCAGGACCAGGGGCCACAACCUAAAACAAGUUAUGCCACACUUCUUGUAAGCCUACUAGAUGUCAAUGAUCAAAAGCCCACCUUUACUGGUCUCCAUUCCAGUGAACAGCACUGGUUGUCAGUACCAGAAAAUUGCUUGAUUGGCACAGAAUUAAUUACACUGAGGGCAGUUGAUGGGGAUUUGGGCGAUAAUGGCACCAUCCGCUACUACUUUGAUGCUGACAAUCCAAACCAGUGCCAGGGACUGUUUCGUCUAGAUCCAAUAAAUGGCCGUCUCAGUACUCGUUCUGAGCUGGAUAGGGAGCAGCAAGAAAAUUGCUCUUUAAUGGUUCAAGCAAGUGACCUUGGCACCCCACCCUUGUCUUCUACUGCCAAGAUAACUGUUACUUUGUUGGAUAUAAAUGACAACAGCCCAGUGUUCUAUCCAGUGCAGUACUUUGCCAACAUUCAGGAAAAUGAACCACCUGCAAGUUUUGUGGCUUCUGUUACAGCUGCUGACCCUGAUCAAGGCAUCAAUGGAACAGUUGCAUACUCUAUCAGAGCUGGGGAUACCUCCAAAUUUCAGAUCAAUGCCGAGACAGGUGCAAUAUCUACAAAAGCAGCUCUUGACAGGGAGGAAAAAACUGCUUACCAGUUACAAGUAGUGGCUACAGAUGGUGGGGGUCUCCAAUCACAAAAUCAUGCUAUAGUCACCAUUACUGUACUGGACACACAAGACAACCCCCCAUCAUUCUCUCAGGAUGCAUAUAGUUUUGUCAUGUUUGAAAAUGUGGCUGUAGGCUAUAAUGUAGGUACUGUUUCAGCUACCACAAUGGAUCUAAACACUAACAUCACUUACCUUAUCACCACAGGAGAUCAGAAAGGGGUGUUUGCUAUUGAUAAGGUUACAGGUCUAAUUACAACAGCAAGUGUAGUGGAUAGAGAAGAGCAAGACUUUUAUCAUUUAAAAGUGGUGGCCAGCGGCGGGGCUAUAACUGGAGAGGCUACCGUAAAUAUCACAGUCAAAGACUUAAAUGACAACUCACCUCAUUUUCUUCAUGCAGUGGAAAGUGUUAAUGUGGUAGAGAAUUGGAAGGCUGGCCACAUUAUUUUUCAGGCCAAGGCAGUAGACCCAGAUGAGGGUAUCAAUGGCAUGGUAAGAUACAGCUUAAAGCAAAACCCUCUCAACGUGUUCUUUGUCGAUGAAUUUAAUGGAGCUGUGAGCAUAACAGGAGCACUCGAUGUCAACGCAGGCUCAUAUCAGGUAGAGAUUUUAGCAUCAGAUAAGGGUGUGCCACAGCUUUCUUCUGGUUUUAUUUUAACUGUUUCUGUACAUGAUGUCAAUGAUAACCCUCCUGCGUUUGAUCAGCUGUCAUAUGAAGUAACCCUUCUAGAAUCAGAACCUGUAAAUUCAAGAUUUUUUAAGGUACAAGCUACUGACAAAGAUUCUGGGGUAAAUGGGGAAAUAACAUAUAGUAUCAUGGAUGGAAAUUUAGGAGAUGCAUUUGGCAUAUUCCCAGAUGGCCAACUCUAUGUAAAGAGUGAACUUGACAGAGAAGUUAAAGAUAUUUAUGUUUUACUUGUGGCUGCUUCAGACAGGGCAGUGGAGCCCCUGAGGACAACAGUAAAUGUUACAAUAAUAUUGGAAGAUGUGAACGACAACAGGCCUUUGUUCAACAGCACCAAUUAUGUCUUCUAUUUUGAAGAGGAAUGCAGUGGGGGGUCAUUUGUGGGCAAGAUAUUUGCUGUGGAUAAGGACUCUGGGUCUAAUGGGGAAAUUAUGUAUGCCUUUGAAACAGUGCAACCUGAUUUUGAACUGAACACAAUUACUGGAGUAAUCACAAGCACUCAUAAAUUUGACAGAGAGGCUCUUAUGAGACAAAGAGGGGCGGCAGCUUUUACUCUCAAAGUGGUCUCCACAGAUAUGGGCUUGCCAAAGCCACUGAAGGAUCAGGCUACUAUUCAGAUUUACAUUAGAGACAUAAAUGAUAAUGCUCCAAAAUUUUCAAAAGAUAUGUAUCAAGCCAGCAUAUCAGAAUUAGCAGCAAACAUGACCCAAGUUUUAAGAGUUUCUGCCUCUGAUGUAGAUGAAGGGAACAAUGGAUUAAUUACCUAUUCUGUGAUUAAAGGUAAUGAAGAGAAUCAUUUCUCCAUUGACAGUGGUACCGGCCAGGUUACAUUGGUGGGCAUGUUAGACCAUGAAGCAACCGCCUCUUAUUCCCUUGUCAUUAAAGCAGUGGACUCUGGGUCAGUUCCUUUAAGUUCAACGUGCACUUUAAGCAUUGAUGUUCUUGAUGAAAAUGAUAAUGCCCCUUCUUUUCCCAAAUCUGCUUUGUUUGUGGAUGUUUUAGAAAACAUGAGAGUUGGGGAACUGGUGUCUUCUGUCACCGCCACAGACUCAGACACAGGUGACAAUGCUGACAUUCAGUAUAGCAUUACAGGGACUAACAACCAUGGAACUUUUAGCAUCAGUCCUAACACAGGCAGCAUAUUUCUAGCCAAAAAGCUGGACUUUGAAACCCAGGCGUUAUUCAAAUUAAACAUUACAGCUAAAGACAAUGGUAAGCCUCCUCGUUCCUCUACCAUGUCAGUGGUCAUCCAGGUGAGAGACUUCAAUGACAACCCACCUAGCUUCCCUGAAGGAGACAUCUUUAAAUCAAUAACAGAGAAUAUCCCUAUUGGUACAUCAAUUCUGGCUAUUACCGCCAGCGACCCCGACGCAGACAUUAAUGGGGAGCUUACUUAUGCUAUCAUUCAUCAAAAACCAAGGGGCAGUCAUUUUGUUAUUGAUGAGCAGCGGGGUACAGUUUACACCAAUGCAGAAAUUGACCGUGAAUUCUCUAGUCUCUUUGAACUGACUGUGAGAGCCAGUGACCAGGCUGUUCCUGUGGAGACAAGAAGGUAUGCCUUCAAAAAUGUCACCAUCUUAGUCAGCGACCUGAAUGAUAAUGUGCCCACCUUUGUAUCCCAAAAUGCUUUUCCAGCAGAUCCCACCCUGGCUAUCGGCUCAGUUCUGACUGCUAUUACAGCUUUUGACCCAGACGAGGGUCCAAAUGGGGAAAUCGAGUAUGACAUUAUUAAUGGGGAUACCGAGACCUUUAUUGUAGAUCGUUAUAGUGGGGACCUCAGAGUAGCUUCACCUCUGGUACCAUCACGUCUAAUCUACAACCUCAUAGUGGCUGCUACUGACUUAGGGUCCGAAAGGAAGGGGAGUACGACUGAGUUGACCAUCUUUCUACAGGGACUCGAUGGUCCAGUGUUUUCUCAGCCUAGAUACAUAACUAUUGUGAAAGAAGGGGAACCCAUUGGGACAAAUGUGAUUUCCAUUGAAGCUUCUAGUCCCCGUGGCUCAGAGACUAUGGUGGAAUAUUUUAUUGUGUCUGUGAAGUGUGAAGGCAAGACUGUUGGGCGGCUAUUUACAAUUGGGAGGUCUACAGGUGUCAUUCAAACUGCUGCAGUGCUAGACCGUGAGCGUGGGGCUCGUUUGUACCUGGUGGAUGUCUAUGCCAUAGAGAAAGAGACUACUUUCCCCAGAACACAGAGAGCAGAGGUGGAAAUAACUCUUCAGGACAUCAAUGAUAACCCUCCAGUGUUUCCUACGGACAUACUUGAUCUCACAGUGGAGGAAAAUAUCGGAGAUGGCUCUAAAAUCAUGCAACUGACUGCUACAGAUGCUGAUGAGGGUGCCAAUGCUCUUGUUACAUACACAAUCAUAAGUGGUGCAGAUGACAGCUUCCGCAUUGACCCAGAAUCUGGAGACCUGAUAGCUACAAGACGCCUUGAUAGAGAGCGCCGCUCCAAAUAUUCCCUGCUAGUAAGGGCUGAUGAUGGUCUUCAGUCCUCUGAUAUGAGAAUAAAUAUCACAAUAAGUGAUUUGAACGAUCACAUUCCAAAAUUCUCAAGGGCUGUCUAUUCUUUUGAUGUAGCAGAAGAUACCAUUCCAGGUUCCAUAGUAGCUGCAAUAUUAGCCACGGACGAUGACUCCGGUGUUAAUGGCGAAAUCACCUACACAGUGAGCGAUGACGAUGAAGAUGGCAUGUUCUUUCUGAAUCCCGUUACAGGAGUGUUUAAUGUAACCCGUGCGUUGGAUUAUGAAAUACAGCAGUAUUAUAUUCUUACUGUGUGUGCAGACGAUGGGGGAGGGCAAUCCUCAUGUGUAAGGGUAUAUUUCAACAUUUUAGAUAUAAAUGAUAACCCUCCAGUCUUCAGUUUGAGUUCCUACAGCACGUCUGUGAUGGAAAAUGUACCUCGUGGAUCAACAAUUCUCACAUUUAAUGUCACAGAUGCUGAUGAAGGCUUGAACUCCAAUUUAUUUUAUAGCAUAUCCUCUGGAGAUAGCAUGGGCCAGUUUCAAAUUACCAAUAAUGGUGCCUUAGUCAUUCGUCAGUCCUUAGAUCGGGAAAGCCAAUCAUUCUACAGUCUAAUGGUUCAAGUUCAUGACAUGGCCCCUGCUCAUCUGACAAGAUUCACAAGCUCAGUUGAAGUAUCUAUCAUUUUGUUGGAUGUAAAUGAUAACGCACCAAGCUUCGUGUCUCCAAAACUGACUUAUAUUCAAGAGAACACUCCCACAGACACCAUUGUAUUCAGAGCACAAGCUACUGAUCCAGACAGUGGCCCAAACUGUUACAUCCAGUAUUCUUUGCUUAGUUCUCUGGGAAACAAAUUUACCAUUGGAAAUAUUGAUGGUGAAGUGCGUUUAAUUGGGGAACUGGAUCGUGAAGACGUUUCCAAUUACACCUUAACUAUUAUAGCUACAGAUAAAGGAGAACCAUCCCUUUCUUCCAAAAUGGAUGUUGUAGUCAUAGUACUUGACAUCAAUGAUAAUAACCCUAGCUUUUCCCAAAAUGAAUAUAAAAUUGAAAUUAGUGAAAACACUUUAACUGGAACUGAUCUCAUUCAAGUGAUUGCUUCUGAUGCAGAUGAAGGUGUCAAUGGUAUGAUCCGCUACUCUAUCAUUGAUGGAAAUCCAAGUGGUGAAUUUAGGAUUGAUACAGUAACAGGAGUAAUCUCAAUUACCAAACCAUUGGAUCGAGAGAGAAAGUCAUCUUACUCACUGACCAUCCAGUCUUCGGAUCGAGGAAGUAACCCUCGCACUGAUACAGCGACAGUCAACGUUCUUUUGUCUGAUAUAAAUGAUGUCGUUCCUAAAUUUGAAUUAUCACCAUAUUCCGUCAAUGUUCCAGAAAAUUUAGAGAGGUUGCCAAAAAUUAUCCUUCAGGUUGUAGCAAGGGAUGAUGAUCAGGGGCUAAACAGUAGAUUAACAUAUGCUUUGGCUUCUGACAAUGAAGAUGGGGCCUUUAAAUUGUCUUCAAGUGGACAGCUGAGUCUAAUGAAAAGCCUGGAUCGUGAGGUCAAAGAGCAGUAUAUCUUAUUAAUUACAGCUGUCGAUUCAGGGACCCCAUCUCUUACUGGCACGGGUACCAUCACUGUGAAUGUGGAUGAUAUUAACGACAACAAACCUUCCUUUGCUUUAAAUCGACAUAUUAUAAGUAUUCCAGAAGAUGCACCUACUGGAACAGAUAUUCUGCUAGUUAACUGCUCAGAUCCUGAUGCUGCUUUAAAUGGAGUUAUUCGCUAUAGUUUGAUCGGUGGAAACUCCCAGUUUACAAUUAACCCAUCCACUGGUCAGAUCAUCAGCAGCUCGUUGUUAGACAGAGAAAUGAAAGACAACUACACUUUGUUUGUUGUGGCAACUGAUGGCGGAACCCCUGCAUUGUCAAGUUCGACAAAUGUGACUGUAAAUAUUCUUGAUGUGAAUGAUAACCCCCCAAGAUUUUUACAUCAUCCAUAUGUGACUCAUAUCCCUUCACCUGCAUCUUCAGACUCCUUUGUGUUUGCUGUUACGGUUACCGAUGAAGAUAUUGGUUCAAAUUCUGAACUUCAUUUUUCUCUAAGGGGCCGCAAUUCUGAUAAAUUUCUAGUUGAUCCAAUAAGAGGAGCUAUUAGGACAGCAGAAUCAUUAGAAGGGACUUCUGAAAUAACAUUCUCUGUACAUGUAAAAGAUAGUGGAUUUAAUUCCAAGUCUGACUCCACAACAGUGACUGUGAGAUUCGCAAACAAAGCUGACUUCCCUACAAUAAGAGCUGAUCAGAAGACUUUUACAUUUCCUGAAAAUCAAGCUGUGGGUACACUUGUCUCCACUCUGUUUGGUUCAUCAUCAAGAGGAGGUUCUUUGUCUUUCUACAUCGCUAGCGGCAAUUUUGGCAACACAUUCCAUAUAGAUGAGUUAAGUGGACAGCUGCAGAUAAGAAAUCCACUGGAUUUUGAAACUAUUUCCAAAUACGUGCUUUGGAUUGAAGCUCGGGAUAUGGGCUUUCCUCCAUUUUCUGCCUAUGAAAAAUUAGAGAUAAAUGUUCUUGAUGUCAAUGAUAACCAACCACAAUUUAAGCAAGAUCCGUUUAUAUCUGAAAUAAUGGAAAACCUAUCACCACGGAAAAUACUUACUGUUUCUGCUGUAGAUAAAGAUAGUGGAUCCAAUGGGCAGCUUGAUUACACCAUAGUGGAUGGCAAUAAAGAUAAUUAUUUUCAUAUAAAUCGAGGUACUGGUGAAAUAAGAAGCACCAGGUCAUUGGAUCGUGAAAAAAUCUCUCAGCAUACAUUAUCCAUUAAAGCUUCAGAUAAAGGAAUGCCAUCACAAAACUCAAUAGUGAAAGUUAUAAUUAAUGUUUUAGAUGACAAUGACAAUGCUCCAAGAUUUUCUCAGAUUUUUAGUGCGUCUGUUGCUGAGAAUGCAGCUUUGGGGUAUCUUGUUACUCAAGUUACGACGUCUGAUGAAGACAUUGGUGCAAAUGCUGUCAGUAGAUAUACAAUCAUAGAUACAAGUCUUCCCUUCCAUAUAAAUCCCAGCACUGGGGUUAUUACUAUUAGCAGACCAUUAAACCGAGAGGAUAACGACCGCUACAUUGUACGGGUUUCAGCUCAUGAUUCAGGAUGGACAGUAAGCACAGAUGUGACGAUAUUUGUGACUGAUAUAAAUGACAAUGCUCCAAGAUUUAGCAAGCCAUCUUAUUACUUAGACUAUCCAGAGACAACUGAGGCUGGAACUAAAGUAACACAGGUAUUUGCAUCAGACCCAGAUGAGGGUCUCAAUGGACAAAUAUAUUAUUUUAUUAAAUCUCAUUCUGAAUUCUUCAGAAUUAAUGCAACAACUGGAGAAAUCUUUAACAAGCAGCAUUUAAAGUAUCAAAAUCCCAGUGUGACAGGCAACAUUAAUAUUAACAGGCACAGUUUUAUCGUAAGUGCUUCUGAUCGAGGCAACCCACCAAUCAUGAGUGAAACUACAGUAUCAAUCAAUAUUGUUGACAGCAAUGAUAAUGCCCCACGGUUCCUACUGAAUAAAUAUUUUACCCCUGUUGCUAAAAAUGCUAAAGUUGGUACAAAAUUAAUCAAGGUAACAGCAGUUGACGAAAAGGAUUUUGGUCUUAACUCUCAAGUGGAAUACUUUCUUUCUACAGAAAAUACUCACGGCAAAUUUCAGAUAGACAAAGAAACUGGCUGGAUUACAGUGAUUUCUUCCUUAAUGAUGGAUAUAAACAAAAACAUUAUGAUAAAAGUGAUUGCCAAAGACAAAGGGAAGCCACCAUUGUCAUCACAGGCAAUGGUCAAUAUAACUGUCACUGAGGAAAAUUAUCAUACUCCAGAAUUCUCUCAAAGUCAUAUAAGCAUAACAGUCCAAGAAAGUCAUGCAGUGGGUUCGGUUAUCAGAACUCUGUCAGCAAGGGAUAGGGACACUUCAAUGAAUGGAAUAUUUACAUAUAACAUCAGUUCGGGAAAUGAUGCUGGCAUCUUUGCAAUAAAUCAUUCCACAGGGGCAUUAUCUCUCUCACGUAAUCUAGAUUUUGAACUGUGCCAAAAACACGACUUAACUGUAAGUGCAAUUGAUGGAGGAUGGGUAGCUAGAACUGGAUACUGUGUUGUAACAGUUUUUGUUAAAGAUGUCAAUGACAAUCCUCCAAUAUUCACUGAAGAUGAAUAUUUCCCUACUGUCUUGGAAAAUGCCCCAAGUGGCACAACAGUAUUACGCUUAAAUGCCACAGAUGCAGAUUCUCCCCCUAAUGCAGUUAUCGCAUAUUCAAUACAGUCAUCAGACAGCGACCUUUUUGUUAUUGAUCCAAAUACUGGAGUAAUCACAACGCAAGGGUUUCUAGAUUAUGAAACUAAACAAAGCUAUCAUCUAACAAUAAAGGCUUUCAAUGUGCCUGAUGAAGAGCGUUGCAGCUUUGUCACUGUUGCUGUCCAACUAGAGGGAACAAAUGAAUAUGUGCCUCGAUUUGUAUCAAAGAUGUAUUAUUUUGAAGUCUCGGAAGCUGCCUCUAAAGGAACACUUGUUGGAGAAGUAUUUGCUAGUGAUCGUGACUUAGGUAUUGAUGGCGAAGUGCAUUAUUUAAUAUAUGGCAGUAGUAGAAAAAAAGGGUUCCGGAUUGAGAAGAAGACCGGGAAACUGUAUGUAUCUGGUACACUCGACAGAGAGAAGGAAGAAAGGAUCGCAUUGAAAAUUCUAGCUAAAAAUAUUGGGAACAUCAGAGGAGCUGAUAUUGAUGAAGUAAAUGUGAAUAUCACUGUUCUUGAUGCAAAUGACCCACCUGUUUUUAGCUUGAAGCAGUAUAAUGUGCAAAUCAGUGAAGUAGUGCCUCCAGGUACCCAUGUCACGUUUGUAAGUGCCUUUGAUUCUGAUUCAGUUCCUAGCUGGAGCAGGUUCUCCUACUUUAUUGGUUCUGGUAAUGAUAAAGGAGCCUUCUCAAUUAAUCCACAGACAGGACAGGUUACUGUUACUACGGAAUUGGACAGAGAAAUAACUCCUAUAUAUAACCUUACAGUGCUAGCCAUUGAUUCAGGAACCCCUGCAGCCACGGGAAGUGCAAGCUUGUUAGUAUCUUUAGAAGACAUUAAUGAUAAUGGACCUAUCCUGUCCAGCACCGAAGGAGAAGUAAAGGAGAACCACAGAGCAGGAACUCAUGUAAUGACUUUACAGUCUUCAGAUUUGGAUCUACCUCCAAACCAAGGUCCCUUUACAUAUUAUCUCCUCAGUACUGGACCUGCAACCAGUUAUUUCAGUCUCAGUCCUGGAGGAGUUCUCACCACAACCAGAGAAAUUGAUAGGGAACAAAUUAGUGAAUUCUUCUUAUCUGUUGUCACAAGAGACUCAGGGUUUCCACAGAUGUCCUCUACAGGAACUGUCCAUGUAAAAAUUGUAGACCAAAAUGACAACCCAUCUGAGCCUAGGGCAGUUGAGAUUUUUGUUCACUAUUACGGAAAUCAGUUUCCUGGUGGUGCUCUAGGUAGUGUAAAACCUCAGGACCCAGAUAUCUUGGAUAGCUUUCACUGUACUCUAACAUCAGGAGUAUCAAAUCUCUUUAGUAUCCUUGCAGACAGUUGUGAUCUCAAUUCUCAAGCAAGGUCCACAGAUGGAACCUUUGACCUCAUGGUUCACAGCAGCGAUGGUUUGCACAGUGCAGUUACGAAUAAUGUUCGAGUUUUCUUUACAGGAUUCAACAAUGCUACAAUUGAUAACAGCAUACUUCUUCGAAUAAACAUACCAAACUCUAGAGACUUUUUAACCAAUCAUUAUCUCCACUUCUUGCGUAUUGCUAGUUCACAACUUGCUGGUCUUGGAACUGCAGUACAAAUCUACGGAGUGUUUGAAGAAAAUAAUCGAACAUUUGUUAUGACUGCUGUGAAACGAACUAAUAACCAGUAUGUUAAUCCCAGUGGAGUAGGCACCUUUUUUGAAAGUAUUAAAGAAGUGUUGUUUAGACAAAGUGGAGUAUGGAUAGAAUCAGUAGACCAUGAUUCAUGUACACAUAACCCUUGCCACAAUGGUGGGAGCUGCAUGAGGAGGCUUGCUGUAGGUUCAUCAGUAAAAAUCCUUGAAAGCAUACCUGUAAUUAUUGUGGCAAAUGAGCCACUCCAGACAUUUGUAUGCAAAUGCAUGCCGGGAUAUGAUGGGAAUUUGUGUGAGACAGAUAUUGAUGAGUGCUUACCAUUGCCAUGCCAUAAUGGUGGGACUUGCCACAACUUGGUAGGAGGAUUUUCCUGCAGCUGCCCAGAUGGUUUUACUGGAAUUGCAUGUGAACGGGAUAUUAAUGAGUGCCUUUCCAGCCCAUGUAAAAAUGGUGCGGUCUGUCAAAAUUUCCCUGGAGGAUUCAACUGUGUCUGCAAAGCUGGCUCCACAGGUAAACUCUGUGAAUCAGCAAUUAAUUACUGUGAAUGCAAUCCUUGCUUUAACGGGGGUUCUUGCCAAAGUGGAGUGGAUGGCUACUACUGUCACUGUCCAUUUGGUGUCUUUGGAAAACACUGUGAAUUAAAUAGUUAUGGGUUUGAAGAACUGUCUUACAUGGAGUUCCCCAGUCUGGACCCUAACAAUAACUACAUCUAUAUAAAGUUUUCUACCAUAAAAAGCAAUGCCUUACUCCUUUACAAUUAUGACAACCAGACUGGGGAUACAGCAGAGUUCUUGGCCUUGGAAAUAGUAGAAGAAAGGAUGCGAUUUUCCUAUAAUCUUGGCAGUGGCACUUACAAGCUUACCACAAUGAAGAAGGUGUCUGAUGGACAGUUCCACACAGUGAUCGCACGGAGAGCCGGAAUGGCGGCAUCGUUGACUGUGGAUACUUGUUCAGAAGACAAGGAGCCUGGGUUCUGCACCGUCAGUUCUUCUGCUGUUUCUACUGAUUGGACCUUGGAUGUUCAGCCAAACAGAAUAACAGUAGGAGGUAUCAGAUCUCUGGAACCAAUACUACAAAGAAGAGGACAAGUUCAGAGCCAUGACUUUGUAGGUUGCAUAAUGGAAUUUGCAGUCAAUGGUCGUCCUCUAGAACCCAGCCAAGCGUUGUCAGCACAAGGAAUCCUAGACCGGUGUCCCAGAUCGGAAGGAGCCUGCACAGCCACAACUUGCCAAAAUGAAGGAGCCUGUGUGGAUAAUUGGUUCUGGCAACAGUGCAACUGUAAAGAUGGUUUUACUGGGAAGCACUGUGAAAGAUACAUGAAUGCAGAUACUGCCUUAUCUCUUGAAAGCAAAGGAUACCUUGAAUAUUUUAUCAGUCAGACGAGAAAACGUGAUUAUUUGAUGAAACAUCAUCAUGUAGAUUCGGAAUCUGUCCAUAGCAAUCACCUUGAAAUAAAAUUUAGAACCAGAAGUGAGAAUGGCAUCCUUCUUCAAAUUCAUGAAACCAGCAAUUAUACCAUUGUGAAGUUGAAAAAUGGAAAAGUGCACUAUGUGUCUGAUGCAGGUGUAGGAGGAAAAGUAGAAAGAAAUAUUCCUGAGGCGUACGUUGCUGACGGACGUUGGCAUACUCUUCUAAUGGAGAAGAAUGCCUCUACAACGACUUUGUCUAUAGACAACACGCACAGCAGAGAAAUACAUCAUGUAACACAGGAUUUUGGAGGCUUCAAUGUCCUUACAAUGCAGCUUGGAGGAAAUACACUUGGGCCAACAGCUAAAAGUAGUUUCAGUGGUUUUGAUGGCUGCAUUGCUUAUCUGAAAUAUAACAGAGAAAGUCUUCCAUUCAGUGGAAAACACCACUUGGUCAGCAUUUCCAAGUCAAAUGCAUUUACAAAGAUUGGAUGCCGUGGACCUAAUAUUUGUGCCAGUAACCCAUGCUGGGGAGACUUAAUAUGCAUAAAUCAGUGGCAUGCAUACACAUGUGUUCCACCUGGAGACUGUUCCUCAAGCCCUUGCCAAAAUGGUGGCAGCUGUGAACCUAAUCCACAAUCUGGAUUUACAUGUAACUGUCCAGAGUCAUAUGCAGGAGAGCUCUGUGAAACUGUAGUAGCCUGUCUUGGUGUUUUUUGCCCUGAGGGUAAUGUAUGCAAGAGUGGACUAUAUGGUGGACAUAUAUGUGUUUUGAAUACACAUGUAGAGGACCCGUCACUCCCACUUUGGGCAGUUCCAGCUAUUGUGGGCAGCUGUGCUACAGUUCUCGCUCUGUUGGUUCUUAGCCUGAUACUGUGUAACCAGUGCAAAGGACGAAGAGCCAAAGUGCCAAAGGAAGAAAAGAAACCUAAAGAGAAAAAGAAAAAGGGGAGUGAAAAUGUUGCGUUUGAUGAUCCUGACAAUAUUCCUCCGUAUGGAGAUGACAUGACUAUUAGGAAACAGCCAGAAGGAAACCCUAAGCCUGAUAUUAUUGAACGAGAAAACCCAUAUUUGAUAUAUGAUGAGACUGAUAUACCCCAUAACUCUGAAAUAAUACCCAGUGCUCCUAUGGCAGUCCCUGAAACUGAGCUAGAACAUUAUGAUAUUGACAAUGCCAGUAGUAUUGCACCCUCAGAUGCAGAUAUCAUUCAGCACUACAAGCAGUUCCGAAGCCAUACACCUAAAUUCUCUAUUCAGAGACACAGCCCACUUGGUUUUGCAAGACAAUCUCCACUGCCAUUGGGUGCAAGUAGUUUAACGUAUCAGGGUUCUUAUAGCCAGGGCCUUAGAACAGCUACAUUAGGUCAUGCAGGAUGUCCUCCUCCUAAUCCAUUGUCUCGUCACAGUCCAGCACCAUUUUCUAAAUCCUCUACAUUUUACAGAAGCAGUCCAGCAAGAGAAUUGCAUUUGUCAAGAAGGGAAGGCAGUCCUUUAGAAAUGCAAAUGCAUAAUGAAGUUUGUCAACCUGGCAUGUUCAACUAUGCAACUCGUUUAGGAAGGAGAAGCAAGAGUCCUCAAACUAUGGCAGGUCAUAGUUCUAGGCCAGGAAGUCGCCUUAAGCAACCUAUAGGACAGAUCGCGAUGGAGAGUGGACCACCUGUUGGUCUUUCAAUAGAAGAGGUUGAAAGACUUAAUACACCUAGACCAAGAAAUCCAAGUAUUUGUAGUGCAGACCAUGGAAGAUCAUCCUCUGAAGAAGAUUGUCAAAGGCCCCUUUCAAGAGUAAGGAAUCCAGCUGAUGGAAUUCCAGCUCCAGAAUCAUCAUCUGAUAGUGACUCUCAUGAGUCAUUUACUUGCUCAGAGAUGGAGUAUGAUAGAGACAAACCCAUGGUGUACACAUCACGAAUGCCAAAAUUAACCCAGGUUAAUGAAUCAGAUGCAGAUGAUGAAGACAAUUAUGGUGCUAAACUAAAACCUAGGAGAUACCCAGGUCGCAGAGCCGAAGGUGGGCCUGCAAAUAUCCCGAUAUCUUCAACCACUCUACCGGCUGAAAAUACUUUACCCAUAAAGCUUAGCCAGCAAGCUGGCAAUUUCAACUGGGACAAUCUAUUGAACUGGGGCCCAGGGUUUGGGCAUUAUGUAGAUGUAUUUAAAGAUUUGGCAUCAUUGCCAGAGAAGGUGUCAACAAGUGUUAAUGAGGAAAGCAGAGGAGGCACAGAAAAUGCAGUUUCCAAAGAUGGAGAUACAGAACAAUAUGUUUAAAUGUAAUAAAAUACUUGGAUUGGAUAUGCAAAACCCUGUGACACUCAAACAUUGUAUGUUUGUUUACAAUAGAAUGUCUCCAUUUUAAGAACAGGCCAGUGAACUUUCCUAAUUUGAGGAGACAAAUUUAAAAUAAUAUCUAUAUUGCUGCUGGGUAGGUCACACAUAACUAUAAGGCAAUUGAGUUGAGUAUUUGAUUCUCCUGCAUGCAUUACUCUCUACAGCCUGACGUACAGCAUGCACCAUUUCCAAUACAUGUCAUGCUUUAUUUGAUGUAAUAUUUGUUUUAUAAUAUACUUCUCAAUAGGAUUGCUAAGCCCGGGGUAGUCAAAGAAUGUUGUGAUAAUUGCUGUUCAUUAAUGAGUUUGUCUCAUUAAGACCAUUGAAUUCCUAACAUUUUGCAUCCAGAAGAAUGAAAGCUAGGUUCAGUCUCUUCAGACUCAAUUAUUUCUUACUUUUAAACACUGAGAAAGGAGACAACGACUUGAUCAUCACUUAAAGGGGUGGAUCAUACCUUAAGCAGAAAGGGAUUUUAGCAGGUCCAAAAUGGUCAGCACUUUAGGAUCUGCUUUUUUUAUUUCACGUGUCCCCUUUGUAAAGUGAAGCUGUAUUUCAAAAUUGCUUAUGCUACUUUGAAAGAGAUUUAUUUUUGUAAGAACAACAAUUCCAAAUAUCAGAUGCGCAUUAACAAAGUGAAUUGGAAUCUACUAGGUAAAAAGAAAAAAAAAGAAAAAAUAUAAAGCAAUUCAUCCUAGAUUUUGCCAAAAUCUUACAUAGACAUUUGUACAAUAAAACAAGAAAUAUCACGUGAGUGAUACUUUGUACUGUGGAUUUUUUUUUAUAAUUGCCUUUAUCUGAACUUUGUUUUUGAGAUUGAUAUUUUCCUAUGCUGUAUAGUUUUCUUACUUUCAGGGAAAGCAAGAAAAUGCUUUUCUUAAAAAAAAGCUGUUACUUGUGUAACAUCCAUAUUUUUAAAAUUUUGAUACAUCUGUAACAUACCAGUAUGCUUUC